AUGAGUAUAUUUAAUUUCGGUCGUGAACAAUUACAAAAAGGCAUGUUAAAUCAAAUGCUUCAAGAAGUUGGUAUUGAUGAUGUUGGUUCAUUUGUUCAAGACUUUCGAAAUGAGGCCGCACAAGCAAGUGUUGCUCCACACCAAGGAGAUGAUGAUUAUGAUGAAGAUGCAACACUUCAACAUGCAUCAGGUCAACAAGCAAAUUUAUUCUCAAUGGGAAGUUCAAUGUUAAAUAAAUUUUCUGGUGGUGGUGGUGGUGGCCAUGGUGGUGACGGUGAUAGUAAUCCUCUCGAUAUGGUUCAAGGUGCUAUGAAAGCAUACAAAAUGUUUUCAGGUGAUCAAAGCGGUAGCGGUGGUGGUGGUGGUAAUUUUCUUGAUAAUAUCGGUUCUACAGUUCAAAAUGCUCAAAAAAUGUAUGCUGUUUAUAAACAAUUUGAUAAAAAUGGUGAUGGAAAAAUAACUGUUGAAGAUAUAGAACUAUAUCUUCAAGAAAUGGGACUUGGAUUUGUCUCACCAUAUAUAGCUAAAGGUUUAUUUCAAGCAGUCGAUCAAAAUCAUAACGGUACACUUGAUUUUACUGAUCUUAUGGCAUUAACUGCUAUUCUAAACAAACUUAAUGGUCAAUUUGGUGGCGCUCAGUAA